AAUGAUCAAAGAGAAAGAAUUAUAUUUAGUUUAACAUCUCCAGUAGAUAGCAGUAGAGUCACACUGUGAAUACAUCUGAAGGAUGCUUUGAAGGCAGCUCUGUUUCGUGCCCUUCAUUUGGCAACUUUUAAAGGAUGAACGAGCUGUGGGAGCAUCAACCCCUGAAUUGGGAUCCGUCCAUGGCUCCUUCUUCACAGCCUUGGCUAUCCCAAGAUUCAAUACGUGCCUGUGACAUCCGGGUAUUUUGAUAUAAACAUUCAGAACUGUAUUUGAAUACAAUUUUUGCGAAUUUAAAAAGUGUAUUGGCUGUUGAAAAUGAUGAGAUUUGUUAACAGGUAAAUGAAUGAAGUGUUGAGCGUCUUCUCUCUCCAGUACAGCAGGAGGCGCUGCAGCUCUUUAGUACACAAAUAAACUCACUAAAGAAAGAGAGCGGGCUGUUGUUUUUUUGUAUCCUCGUUGUUUUUCUCUCUUGAGUGUUUUAUUGAGAGUAAACAGAGUCUUGUCUCUGUGUAUUUUAGUGUUGAUGAUGAGAUGGAUGUGAUGUGCUGUAAAUCAGUAGGAACUGAUCUGUCCAUGCUGGAUAUUGAUGAUUUUAUCACAGAAAUCUCUCAGCUGAAGAAAGAGGUGGCGUUACUGGAGAUAAAGCUGAGGUUAAGAGGAGAUGAAGGACUGAAGAAAGAGGAUGGGGUUUGUUGUGAAUCUUCAGGGUAUGUGACUGUUUGGAGCUCCAGUGAAUGUCUGGAUUCAGUGUGGAUGAGCAGAGAUCAGAGCCGCACACCACAGUCACUGCUGGAUAAACUCUCUGAAGAGACAUCCAGACACACACAGGACUCAGUUCUCAGUCUGUCUUUACUCUCGUAUACUGAGUCAAAGCCCACAGACACUCAGGACACUACAGUGUGUGACAGUAAUCAGAGCUUACAGGAGGAUCAAACCUCCACAGAGUCUCUGGAUUCUGUCUGUAACGCUGGAGAACAGCAGCAGAUCCUGCAGACCAAACUCAAGAUGUCUUCAGUUAAACCGAUGGACAGUGGGAACCUGAUGAUGAAGAUGAGAAGAGAAACUACAGCAGAUGAAGAUCACACUGAGGAAGAUGAUGACAAUCAUGAUGAUUUUAUUCCUUCAGAUAAGAUCAGUGAUUCGUGUUUGGAUGGAGAAAUAACGUCUUUAUCAUCAAAAGAGCGACAGACGGCACAAACUCUUUCCUGCAUCACCGAUGAAGAGACAUUGAGCUCACAGAGACAUUUUGAUAAAAAUGCAGAACAAAAACUCUUGACCUCCACCAGAUCUGAGAUCAGCUUCACUACCUUACAAAAGUAUAAACGUCAUCAUUCAAAAGUGCACAGAGAGAAGAAGAAGCAGUUUCACUGUCAGCAAUGUGGGAAGGAUUUUGGCUUCUUAUCUCGGCUAAAAGUUCACGUGAGGUCACACAGUGGUGAAAAGUCUUUCUACUGCACUGAAUGUGGCAAAUAUUUCAGCACCAAACAACAUCUUGAUAUUCAUCAGAGAAUUCACACUGGAGAGAAACCAUACGAGUGUCCUCACUGUGAAAAGAGAUUCAGCCGAAACCAUCAUCUGAAGUCACAUAUGCUUAAACACACCAAUGAAAGACCGUAUCAGUGCAGUCAAUGUGGAAAAACCUUUAAGUAUUCACGUUCACUAAAAUCACACCAGAAUAUUCACUCUGAGGAGAAACGCUAUCAGUGUUCACACUGUGAUAAAUGUUUCGGUCUGAAAUCGAGUCUGAUAAUCCAUGAGAGAGUUCACACUGGAGAAAAACCUUACGUCUGCUCUCACUGUGGAAAGAGCUUCACUACUCAAAGUAAUUUUAAAGUUCAUCAGAAAAUUCACACUGGACAGAAACCUCAUCACUGUACUGUUUGUGGGAAGAGUUUCAGCAUAAAAUGUAAUCUAAAGAAACAUGUGCGUAUACACACCAAUGAGAAACCAUAUAAGGUUUUAGUGAGAGACCAUAGAACUCAUACAGGUGAAAAACCGUUACAAAUGUUCUCAGUGUGAGAAGACGUUUACUAACCCAGAUUCUAAAAGUCCAUUUGAGAGUUCAUACGUGAGAGAAACCUUACGGGCCCUAUCAUUCAUCCAGCGCAAUGUGCGAUACGAGUGUCUUUCGCUAGUUUCAACCUGGCGAAAUUAUAAUUUUCACGUUUAGCUAGCACCAAGUUGUUUAAAUAGCAAAUGCAUCUGCGCCCAAUUUUGCACCCAUGAGCGUUCUGGUCUGAAAACGAGGUGUUUUCAGGUGCAUUCUUGGUGCGUUGCUAUUGUGAGGCAACUAAAAUAGACUACACCAUUAACCAACUAAAACCUGGUUUAAAGUCAAUGACGCAAUAUUGUUUUUGUUAUUUAAUCAGCGCGUUAGUAAUACGGCACAGUGCGCGUUUGCUUAUCACACACAUGGAUGUGCAGCAGGACACAACCCUUUUAUAAUAUGAGAAAUUAAAGGAUUAAAAUGUAAAAGAUUAUUAUUGAGUCUCUUGGACUUAAAUGAUGAUUGAUUAUGAGACGUUAGAAGGUGUAAAGAGCUGCUUCACGUGUAGCUUGGUAAGAAAUUGUUUUGCUUUAAACAAAUGCUUCUGUUUUUAAAUGUUUUUUAAAUGCUACCACACGAAUUUGUACCUGUGGAUAUGGUGAGAUGAGAAACAUUUUUAAUGCUUUAAAAAAAACAUGGCGCUGUCCGAGUGCUGAAACUGUUCUCUGCACAUUUGUAAAUUCUUUAUCUUCUGUUUGUUACAAAUAAAGUAUUUUUAGAGCACAAACAUUUUCUUGCAAAUUUGCAGAUUAUUACACUGAUUUUGUAGGAUAUCCAUACAUGUUUGGAAGUUUCUCCUCUGUCCUGUUGCCAUGCCCACUUUGUCUUUCAGUUCCCCAUGCAGCUCACCACACCUUUAAUUAAUUGGCCUCAAUCAGCCACAGGCUUUAUUAGACAGCACCUGUGCAUAUAGCCCCUGCCCUUUGUUCAUACUACAUGGAGGAUUCUUGUGUGGUGCUGCGGAAAGAUGUUAUGUCUCCUGCCUUGUGUGCGUUAUUGAACUAUGUAAGUUUUAUGUUA